AUGGCAACGAUGAAAGCCGCGGUAAUGCAUGAAGCAGGCGGCCCAGAGGUCCUCAAGCUUGAACAUCUUGACAUUCCAACUCCAAAAGAUGACGACGUUCUCAUUCGGGUCAAGGCAUUUGGCCUCAACCGUUCCGAGCUCUUCACCCGUCAAGGCCACAGUCCAGGAGUCAAACUCCCUCGGGUCCUUGGUAUUGAGGCUGCAGGCGUGGUAGACAGAAGUCCUGGAGGCCAAUUCAAACCUGGCCAAAAAGUUGCCACUGCCAUGGGAGGAAUGGGACGGGACUUCAAUGGCGGAUACGCCGAAUACACGUGCGUCAAGGCAAGCAAUGUACAGGCACUAGAGACUGACCUGGACUGGACCAUCGUGGGAGCAGUGCCUGAAAUGCUACAGACAGCAUAUGGAUCUUUGUUCAAGGCGCUGCGAUUGACGCCCAAAGAUCGUCUCCUGAUCCGUGGAGGGACGACCUCUGUCGGACUUGCAGCUGCUUCUAUCGCCAAAAACCAUGGCUGUUUCGUUGCAUCAACAACGCGGAAGUCUGGGAAGCCCACGGCCGAUUUGUUACACAAGAGUGGAGUAGAUCAGGUCAUCGUUGAUGACGGCAACGUUGCUGAACAGGUGAAAGCGGACAAGUUCGACAAGGUCUUGGAAUUAAUCGGGACAACCACUCUGGAAGACUCAUUGCAGUGUGCGGCUGGAGGAGGAAUUGUCUGCAUGACUGGGAUCGUUGGAAAUAAAUGGGCUCUCGAUCAUUUCGCUCCGAUGGAUGCCAUCCCAAACACUGUCUGCCUGACUAUUUAUUCGGGUGGUCCUGAUGAGUUCAAGGAAACUCCACUGAACGACCUAUUGAAGCAGAUUGACAACGGGACAUUGCCUGUCCAGAUUGGCAAGGUCUUCAAGCUGGAUGAGAUCGUCCAGGCACACGACGCCAUGGAGAAAAAUCUCGCCCGCGGCAAAAUCGUCGUGCUGGCGGAGUAG